UGACUUCGGAGGCUUCAAAUCUCUCGGGCUCGAUGGGUUCAAGAUGCAACUGCUAGAGACUCUCAAGGAUUGAAUGACUAUAUUGCCCCCCACCUUCCAUUUCCCCUCGGCACUUCUUCGCUUCCCUUCUCCUUCCCUCUUCACAAACCCUAUGUUUAUCUCCAUGGCGGCCCAAACUCACUGCGAUUCUCAGGAAACCAAUCUCCCAAACGCCCCUAAUUGUACGAUAAAUUACCCAGUGCCACUGUCCCCGCCGCUGCCGGCCAUCUCCAAGCAAAUGGAGCUGGCCAGAGCCAUGUCGGCUUCUUCCAAAUCGAGCUUAUUUUCUCUCUCUAGAACUGACGUGGUCUUCGAGGACGAUUGGCUCAUUGCUGUGAAUAAGCCCCGGGGUGUGUAUUGUGAAAGCGUCUUGUCUUCGAUCCCCAGUCUGCUCAACGAUUCAAAUGACUCAGUUGAACUCGGAACCCAAGUUGACCUCCCAGAGCUCCAUCUCGCUAACAGACUCGAUCGCGACACCAGUGGGGUAAUGUUAAUCACUAAAUCACACAAAGUGGCUGCUAAGUUAGUGAGGGCUUUUACAGACCACAAGGUUAGGAAAACAUACAUUGCCUUUUGUGUUGGCCAAGCUCCAGAAUGGAGACAAAUCACAAUUAAGUCAGGUCAUGGUCGAUCAAAGUUUGGAGCAUGGCGCGUUUACGCUGCGUCAGAUGUUGGUCGAAAAUUACCAGGCGGAUCAGUUGUUAGAGAUAUGCGAACUCUUUUUGAAGUAUUAUCAGUGAAUGGGCAUGGGUGCUCCAAAGAGUUAUCUGCUGAAGAAAAAAUUGUCGUUAAUGAGGAAAAAUCUGUAGUGGAUACUAAAAAUGUGGAGGACGAGAUUUUGGUGCGAGCGUAUCCGCAAAGUGGAAGAACUCAUCAAAUUCGCUUGCACUGCCAGUAUCUUGGAAUUCCCAUAAGAGGAGAUGUGAAAUAUGAGGGUGUCUAUGAGUGGAAAGGGAUAAAAUAUGACGGCCAUGAACUUCACGCAGAGAGCUUGUCCUUUGAGCACCCUAUUACAGGGCUUCCAGUUGUGUUAGAUGCACCUUUGCCGAUGUGGGCAAUCCAAGCGCUGCAGCCGUUACCGUGUUAAGCGGAGUUCACUUAUCAUCUAUCCCAAUGUUGGACGCUUCUUCUCACGAACAUGGUAAGAGAACACGUGCUUUUUUUUUGUUCUUUUGUGUAAAAAUUGCAAUUGUAUUCGCAUUUCUUUCUAGCUUUUUUUGUGCAAAAAGGACAUUUUUAACAACACAACGGAAUUUGUCAAAAACUCUUUGGUUAUCAACAGAAAUAGAAUUCCUAAGUGAUUAUUUGCAUCCAUCUGAUACACGACGUCGCGACCAUUUAGCUAUCAAAAAAAAAAAACUCUAAUACAUGACCAGUUUCUAAAGUGAUGCAUUACUAAUUUGUUGCACAUAAGUUGCAACAAAAUUUCAUGCCUUCUGUGCAUUUUUCUGUAGUUGAGUGGUCGCAUUAUAGUUUUUUUUGUAAUUACCUCUUGCUGGAGGCUUCGUCGUAAUUAAUUCUGUUAUGACUAAAACGUCUCAUAGCUACAGUCUUUUCGUCUUUCAAACAUCACAUGGUUUUGUGGUUUUCAAGUUAUAUAUGUGUUUUUGUAUAUGUAUUUUAUGACAUGCUUGAUUAGGUACUAAUACUUUUAUGGGGGACUACCAUGUGUCUUUCAAGAGUAAGUGAUGUGAAUGCCCACUCUUGAAGAUGUUAGCUUGUAUAACAUGUACUUGUAAGAUGACCUAUGGCACUCUUAAUUUAGUUUUAUAAAUUACAUACUGAAUCAUUAAGCUAUAACUUAUUUGAAGGAUCAACAUAAGAAAGGAUACAGUUUUUUACCCCCUUUUCUAUUCCCCCUCUUGAAAUGAAAAUUUCGCGAGGGUAAGUCCCAUUACCUACCACGAGGUUCCUUCAUAGAUGUAGUGACCACAUCUUAGGUUUUUGAAAUUCUGUCUCUCUCGUAGUCUCAUCGACUAAUUCUUACAUUGAUGGAGCUCAGUGUUGAAAGAUACGAUGCCCAAAUCUCUACCCCCAAGUGUAGCUCUAUACAAAAUUUGGUAGUUGUUUGCAAUAUGAUUUAAACGUCUUCUCUUCCUUCCAUCCCACUAGUGCCCAACGGUUUAAUGAUGUAGGUGGCAAGAAUUUUCUGGUAAUAUUUACUUGUGGUAAGAAUGUAGAAGGCAUUUGAAAAACUUGCCCAUGAGGGUGUCAUAAAUUCUUCAGGCCAGCUCAUAAAUUUGAGAAUUCGUUAGAGACAGGCAAACCAUAAUGGAGUGCAACGUAGAUUCGAAAGGCUUAUGACAGAUCAUAAAGGUUUGCUCCCUCCUAAGGUCUCAGGUUCGGAAUCUCUCAAGUGCUAUCAAUUCCUUUGGGGCUAGUCCAUAUGAAGCUUUGCUCUGGUUUUAAAUGGGGCCCCCGCUAAUAGACGGUGGGAUUGGUCUUUCAAGAUUAGUCUAGAUGCGCGUAAGUUGGCCUGGACACCUACUUAUUAGAAAGGGAAAAAAGGGUCAUAGUAAUGAUUCAGAAUAUUCUGAGCUGUAUAUAAUUUACCCAUUUUUUUUGCUGCUGAUUAAUAUUUGGCUUGAGUGGCUUCAAUCUUUUUAAGGAAUUACCAUCACAAAUUGAAUGCAGAAUACAUUGUUUUAGUUUCGGAAUAUGCAGAUGGCUAGAAAAUAUUAUUUCUCUUGAAACAUAUUUCAGUAGACUUUUAGUGACAAUUUUUUUAAGGAAAAUCUUAUGAGGUGUCUCAUUGGCAGAAUAUAGUUGGAUAUUUAAAUCCACCUAUCUAUUAAGGUUAGCUAGUGGAUGGUGAAUUGGUCCCCUAAGGUGAGUCGUAGUGGGUGUAAGCUAGCCCGGACAUCUGAGUUAUCAAAAAAAGAAAAUCUAGGAAGGUUAGCCGCUUGCCGAAAAAGAAGACUGAUUGGUUCAUUUUAUUUUGCCUGCCUUUUCUUUUUCCACAGGUUGGUUGACACAGCUUUCCUUGAGCUAGCUACUGGAAUUUUUUUAAGUGACCUCUCAAGUAAAGAUACCCAUCCAAAAGUUGUUAUGCUGAUUCUAGAUAUUGAGCUUAGCGUUUGAAGUCAAGGAGCAAGGAAUUUUUAUGAGUAGAGGUCCCCUGCCCUCCCGAGUGGUGAAAUUGGAGUCGUGUAAAAGUAUCCUGUAGUGAGGCACGCUUGACCUCAGGGGAGUUUAAUUGACCCAUGCCCCAAUCAGCACGUGAGUACCCAAGAAAGUGUGCGACCCGAGAAAGUACUCAAACCAGCAGAUAAGAAUGCCAGGAAGUGAGCCAGCAACUCCGGCUACACAUUAGCAAGCGUGAUGUGCCAGACUGAGCCAGCACGUUUUCUCUCCGCUAACGUAACAUUGCACAAACAAUACAAGUGGUUUCAGUACCGAGUUCGCAUCGACUGUUUUUUAACCAGGGGAAUCAAUUGGCUUGAAGUUGUUCCCUUCAGUAAAUUCCUGUCAAGAGACCCUGGAAUUAUUUCAGCUGGCCGGAUUUUUGAAGCAAACUACUGGGUAAGCAAAGUACUAGUAGUCACCUCCUUUACAGGAAAACCUCCGUCAGCUGGUAUGUUUACAACACAUCCACAUGUGACAACCAAUCAUCAGUUAUGUCUCUGAUGAUUGCUGGCAACCAACCGAUCGAGUUUCUGAAAUGUUUUCUUAAUGCCCAUGAGCAAGACGUGGGGAUUUAGGCAUUGACUUUCAAUGAUAUCGAUAACAGCCGUUUGCCCGUAGAUGCUUGGCCGUAGCAGCAUGGUUCCAAUCCACCACAUCGUGAGACCAUGACCACCUUCAUGUUUUGGGCUGCCAAUAAUAUUCCAAAUAUUCGCUCUCUUUUUGGGUUUUUUAAAAAAUAAAUAAAUUUGAGUUUCGAUCA